AUGGCACCUCGCUCUCGAGCCAAAGCUGUCGAUACUGACGCGUCUAUGUCUGACGCGCAGGAGCAUCGGCAAGAAGAAGAGAUGGAAGUUGACGAGACUCCCGACUACACUGAUACCGAGAACCCUAGCACUACUGCUAGCAGCGUCGCCGGAGAGCCUACUGGGGAUGGCCGUAGGCGCCGCACAGAAGUUAACCAACUUCGUCGUAGCAUUUUCGGAAAGAAGCACGAUCGGUUGGGCGAAUCCAAGGAAGAUGACACUAUUCGUCGAUUUCGAUACCUCCUCGGCCUGACCGAUCUCUUCCGCCAUUUCAUUGAAACAAACCCCGACCCCAAGAUUCGCGAUAUCAUGACCGAAAUCGAUCGACAGAAUGCUGAAUCUGCGCGGGGCAAGAAGGGUGCCGGAAGGCAAGGGGGCGCCACGAGCGAGCGACGUCGACGUACCGAAGCUGAAGAAGACGCCGAACUCUUGAAAGAUGAGAAGCACGGCGGCUCCGCUGAGACGGUCUUCCGGGAAUCGCCUCCGUUCAUCCAUGGCACCAUGCGAGACUACCAGGUUGCCGGCCUCAAUUGGCUGAUUUCCCUGCACGAGAAUGGUAUUUCGGGUAUUCUUGCCGAUGAAAUGGGUCUUGGAAAAACGCUGCAAACUAUUUCAUUUCUUGGCUACCUGCGACACAUACUUGACAUUACUGGACCACACUUGGUCAUUGUGCCAAAGUCCACACUAGAUAACUGGAAGCGAGAGUUUGCCAAAUGGACACCCGAGGUCGAUGUUUUGGUGCUUCAGGGUGCCAAAGAUGAACGACAGACCCUUAUCAACGAUCGGCUUGUUGACGAAAAGUUUGAUGUUUGCAUUACCAGCUACGAAAUGGUGCUUCGAGAGAAGGCGCAUUUGAAGAAAUUUGCUUGGGAAUACAUAAUCAUCGACGAAGCGCAUCGUAUCAAGAACGAAGAAUCAUCGCUGUCACAGGUUAUCCGAUUGUUCUCCUCCAGAAACCGAUUACUUAUCACGGGCACACCUUUACAAAACAACCUACACGAACUCUGGGCCCUUCUGAAUUUCUUGCUUCCCGAUGUUUUCGGCGACUCUGAAGCAUUCGAUCAGUGGUUCUCUGGUCAAGACCGUGAUCAAGACACGGUCGUACAACAACUACACAAAGUCCUCCGCCCCUUCUUACUGCGCCGCGUGAAGAGCGACGUGGAGAAGAGUCUGUUACCCAAGAAAGAGGUCAAUGUUUAUCUUGGCAUGUCUGAGAUGCAGAUUAAAUGGUACCAGAAGAUUCUGGAGAAAGACAUUGAUGCUGUUAACGGCGCCGGUGGCAAACGAGAGUCAAAAACACGACUACUCAAUAUCGUGAUGCAGCUUCGAAAAUGCUGUAACCACCCCUAUCUGUUCGAAGGCGCCGAGCCAGGACCCCCUUACACAACCGAUGAGCAUUUGAUUUACAACGCUGGCAAGAUGGCAGUCCUUGACAAGCUCCUCAAGCGGCUCCAGAAGCAGGGAAGCCGCGUUCUCAUCUUCUCUCAAAUGAGCCGAUUAUUGGAUAUUCUCGAAGACUACUGUGUCUUCCGAGAGUACAAAUAUUGUCGAAUCGAUGGUGGUACAGCACAUGAAGAUCGAAUUGCUGCCAUUGACGAAUACAACAAACCUGGCUCGGAGAAAUUUGUCUUCCUCCUUACAACGCGUGCCGGUGGUCUGGGCAUUAACUUGACAACUGCCGACAUUGUUAUUCUCUAUGACAGUGAUUGGAAUCCUCAAGCUGAUCUUCAGGCCAUGGAUCGAGCACAUCGUAUUGGUCAGACUAAGCAGGUUGUUGUAUACAGAUUUGUCACAGACAACGCCAUCGAAGAAAAGGUUUUGGAGAGGGCUGCCCAGAAGCUACGAUUAGACCAACUGGUUAUCCAACAAGGCCGUGCCCAACAAGCCGCUAAAGCUGCAGCCAACAAGGAUGAGCUUCUUUCCAUGAUCCAGCACGGUGCUGAGAAGGUCUUUCAGUCCAAGGGACCUACCGGCAAUAUGGCCUCCAAGGACGGCGAAGUCGGUGAUGACGAUAUCGACGAGAUCCUUGCAAAAGGCGAAAACCGAACAAAGGAGCUGAACGCAAAGUAUGAGAAGCUGGGAAUCGACGAUCUGCAAAAGUUCACCUCGGAGUCUGCUUACGAAUGGAAUGGGGAGAACUUUGCCAACACAAAGAAGAACAUCAACAUGACCUGGAUCAACCCGGCCAAGCGAGAGCGAAAGGAACAGUCAUACUCAAUGGAUAAGUACUUCCGACAAACUAUGUAUCCCAACCCCAAGGCCGAUGCUAAGCCAAAGGCACCCCGAGCACCAAAGCAAGUUCCUGUUCAUGACUACCAAUUUUACCCCCCACGCCUGCGAGAUCUCCAAGAUAGGGAGACUGCUUACUAUCGGAAGGAAAUUGGGUAUAAGGUCCCUCUACCUGACGGUGACGAAGAAAAUCUUGAAGAGCGAGAGGCCGAAAGAGCCCUUGACCAGCAGGAGAUCGACAAUGCCACGCCUUUGACUGAGGAAGAGAGGGAAGAAAAAGAGAAGUUGUCGCUACAAGGUUUUGGAGACUGGAACAAACGGGACUUUCAACAAUUUGUCAAUGGAUCAGGCAAAUACGGACGAACUGACUACGAAGGCAUCUCCAACGAGAUUGACAGCAAGUCAGCCCCAGAAAUCAAGGCUUAUGCAAAGGUCUUUUGGCAACGCUAUACUGAGAUCGCCGACUACCCCAAAUACAUCAAGACUAUCGAAGAUGGCGAGGAGCGGACUCGCCGUAUUGGCCACCAUCAAAAGCUUCUCAGAAAGAAGAUGCAACAGUAUCGAGUCCCUCUGCAGCAGCUCAAGAUCAACUAUUCUGUGUCGACUACAAACAAGAAGGUUUACACUGAAGAAGAGGACCGAUUCCUUUUGGUUCUGCUUGAUCGAUACGGCAUUGAUUCGGAAGGUCUUUACGAAAAGAUGCGAGACGACAUUAGAGAAUCACCUCUGUUCCGAUUUGACUGGUUCUUUCUCAGUCGAACACCAAUUGAGCUGUCUCGUCGAUGCACUACUUUGAUCACUACUAUUGUUAAAGAGUUCGAAGACGUCCCUGCUCGUGGCUCAAACGGAGUGAAUGGAAAAUCCAAGCGAGAGCCUGAUGAUGAGAAUGACGAAGAUAGCAUUCUUGGUAUGGCGCCCGCAAAGAAGAAGGCCAAAAACGGCGUCAAGAACAAGGCACUUGAUAAUGUCAAGUCGGUCAAGUCUAGCAAGAACAGCUCCGCCACUCCAUCAAGAGCAUCUAGUGUCGCCUCCACCGUAUCCGCAGGAGGUUCUGCCAAGGGCAAGAAGGGUAAAAAGAAGUGA